CAUCGGUGGGCCUGAAAACCACAAGUCCGCACAACUGUGUUAUUGUUUAUAUGUUGUUUGUGUCUGUCAGGAAGAUGUCACCGAUCGACGAUUCAUGUAGGGCUUAGUAUUCGGGCCUUCCGUUGUUUAAAAAAUGGCAGACACACUAUCAAAUAACUUCUGUUCCUUGUGUGGCCUGCCAUUUGACCGUUUCGGAACAUGUACGACCAACAUAAAGACGUCUUUAGCCUCACAAGUAAUAGAGCAAUCAGGACUUCUGGAAAUGCUCGACAUAUCUAUAUCACCUAUGAAGAAAGAACUUGUUUUCAUUUGUUUUUCGUGUCGUAAUGUGUUUAGUAAUUACACAGAGGCCAAAAAGGAAGCUUUGAAGCUCCUUACAGAACCUGUUAAAAAGAAUGAACAGUUGCCAUUUGUACCAUUCCUCAAGAGAAAGUUGUUAAGUAAAAACUCUGAAAUACCAGCUAAAGUUCAAAAGUUUGAAGCUUGUUUGGAAAAUAAAUCUGAGGGAUUUAGAGAGAAAGAGAUCUCAGAACCAGCAAAAGGUGAUGACAUAGAUAAUUCCAAAGGGAAUAAUGAUCAUUUGACUCAGCCAGGUGUAUCUCGCCCUUCGUCUAAACUUCAUGCACUCAGGUCAGAUGUUGUAAAACUUUUAGAGCAAGGUUUAUACAGAUCAGCUAUAAGAAAACUGUGGGGUACCAGUAAAAAGUUCAGAACAAGUCUUCUUUCUUUCCUGACGAAUCUCAUUAAGAAGGAAACCAAAAAUUUGAUGAACCACAACACAAUAUUUACAAUGCAGCUGGAGGAGGCAGAUCUUGAUCAUUUGUCAUGGGGGCCAACAAUAUCUGUUAUGUCUAAAGUUGCCCCUACUACUCUACAAGUUCUUUAUGCUCUUCUUGGGCUUGACUUUAAUAUUGUGUCUCAAGAUGUAAAAGAUGCCAAGCAGAGUUUUGUUGGUGCUUUGCUCUCUAUGGCUUUGUAUAAACGUUAUAGAGGGAAAGCCAGUUUCAUCCCUCUUCUCCAUUCCUUGUACCUUCACAAUACAGGGACUCCCCUCAAGGUUAACAGAACUUUAUAUGAGUUGGGCUUAACCACACCACCAUGUAAGCUAUUUGAAUUCCUAGAUCAACUUUCCAAAUCAAAGAAGGAUAGUGAUACUAUUGCACAAUGGAAAAAAGAUGUAGCGGCUACCCUAGAAAUAGUUCAUCGAAGACCAGAAAAAAAAUUUCCAGCUGACAGACGGAAAAAAAUGAGCGUAAUUCCAAAAGCCACUCAAGUGACAACAUACUCAUUAGGUUGGGAUGCUAUCCAGUAUCCAAGUCAUUCUGCUAAAAGCAAGAGAAAAAAACCACCUCUUCCAUUAAUGGCUCAGGCCUAUGCUAUCAAAAGUAGAGUACCGUUUCCAAUGAUCUUCAAGGAUUGGGAUGUGAGGCUUGCUACUAAUAUCUCUUUUGAAGAAUAUGUACCUGAUUCUGAAGACUUCAUAAGAAUUCGUGAGCAGAUGAAGAUUGAAAUCAAGAAAAUUAUUGUAAAACACAUGGAUACUUUCAGUGGCAUUGAAGUAGAAGAAAAACACGAGUAUUCAGAAUUAAUGGCAGAAAAAAGUAAUGUGGUGGAUUUAGGGUCUAAUUUUAAGUGUCCAACUGACAAUGGCACUGUGGCGACAGUUCUUAAAAAUCUGAAGCAGUACAUGGUAUUUGAUGGAGAGCCUGUUCCUUUGUGUGUUUUUGGGACGCCAGCCUCUGUCGAGCGAAUGAUUGGAGCCAAGGAUGUGAUGUCAUGUUUCUCUGAGAAGGUGGACAGGCUAGAUGGCCUUGAGCCUUGUGUCACAGAUUUUGGUCGACAAAUACUAAUCGCUCAGGAUAUAAUAAAGAUCUUUUAUCCAAAUGGUAUGUCACCGGAAAAUGGAAAUCUACAUCAUCUAUGGUCUAAAUACAGACCUGAAUUGAAAGGUGAAUCACCAGACUAUAAAGCAAUCAACACGUUUCUGGAAGUAAUUGCCCAUGGUCAUACUGUUGCCUUGACAAAUAAGAAGAUAGAGUCUAUGUUCUCUUAUGUUCUUAAGGAUAAAAUGAUGGCAGAUUCAAGAUUGCUUGAACAAAUCUCUGAAGAAGUUGUCAGUAGUAUUUGGCCCAGUGUUGACACGGCUUCACUUGACAUUGUACGACAGGGAAAUGAGCCAGUGAAAGAUGGAGAAUGCUCUUUUGGUGAUUGCGUCAAUUUUCAUGACAAGGCACGUCUACCUUGCUCAGAACGCUGUGGCCGUCCUUUUAAUUUUUGUUGUAGGAAACCACUUAAUGACGGCCUGAUUGAGUGUGGUCGAAGAGAGAAUUGCCCAAAGGGAGGAUGGUUUCAUCUCAACAAGAAAUGCUCAGGUUUAUCAGAUGCUCCUGAAGAUGAGUGGUUGUGCAGUGCAUGCUUAUCCAAGACAGAAUCGAAGGAAAUCAUGGCUAGCCCAGAUCUAAUUUGGGAGUAUCAUCGAGGCUUACUGUGGUACUGUCUCUUUUUUACUGUAGCUCAGUCAGCUGAAGCACAGGGUAAUGGCUGGUUGUUACAUGCUGUCUGGAAAGUGUGUAUGCCAUUAUUUGAAAGCCGUGGUCAUGUCCAGUACUUGCAACAAGGGUAUUCAUACCUGUCUGCGGUUGCUGGGCGCAUUCCUCGCAUGGCAGCUCACGAUGCUGUCCACAAUCGAACUGUAAAUCUCAAAGGGGGUACCAACAACAAUGUGAGUUGGGAUCGAGCUAUUGAAGCAUUCAAUCAGGAACUGUUACGAAAACCUCCUCCGGAAGGUAACAGUCGAGAAGAUCCCUUAGCAUCCAGUAGGGCAAUAGGUGCAUGGCUUUAUCAUGUCAAUUCUUCGUGGGAGAAGAAAGUUUGUCUUAAACCAGAUGUGAAAGAAAGAGACCUGAAAAAAACUGUGGAAGACUAUGUAAAAUUUGUGAAUAGUUUGGAUAUUUUACAAAAUGUUCCUGGGAGGUUGUCCUAUAAGGAUGUUGAGUUUGCUCAUAAUGUUUUCAUAAAAAAACCAAAAGAAAUGGUUGCAAUGUUGAAAAAUAUGUGUGAGAAAGAUGAGUCAAGACAACUAAAUGAGAGAGAAUCUGAUGUGAUUGAGUAGUUUUGGGGUUUCUCUCCUAGAAACAUAGAGUAGUUUUUCAUAUGAAGUAUAGACAUUGGUAACAACUUAGGGCCAUAAUAUGUGGAAAUUGGUGGUAUUAAAUGUGAGGAAUGUGUUCAUCUUACAUUUACAAAUACAUAUAUGUUUUACUUUUCAAAUAUUCCUAUGGUUGGAUAGGAAAAUGCUAGUUGUGACAGUUAACAUGAAAUUAUGAUAGGAAAAUUCUAGUUAUGACAGUUAACAUGAAAUUAUGAUAAAUACAGUACCCAUUCAUUUAACUUUUUUUUUUUUUUUAAUAGAACAGAGGACCCAUACUUUUGCCUUUUUUAUAGAACAGUUUUCUCAGUUUUUCAUUUUGCAUUUUAUUUUGCUCCCUAUGUUAGUUUUGCAUAAAGGGUUUGAUAAGUUUAUUUUUUGCUUCAUAUUUUUAAUUUUAAGUCAUCUUCCAUGGUCCUGGAUAGCUUGCAGGGCUGGGAAUGUUCUGAUCUUGUUUAUUACAAGAUUUGUGAGCAGAAAAGCACUGUUACAGUAUUGGUUUGUCAGCCAUAGUUAUAUUUUAAAUUAAAGAAAAUGUUGAAAAUUUCUAUAAAACAUGUGAUAUGCCACAACUGUUAUGGGUGCAUAGAUUUCUUUCAUUUGAGGUGGCCCUGUUGGGAUUGGCAGUAAACUCUUAUGGUAGAAAAAGUUUUUGUUAAAGUAACUCAUUCCAUGAUAAAGUCGUAACUUGACAUGCUUUCCAUGUCUACUGUGGUCAGUCUUAUUGCGCAGAUUGCAUGCUGGCGUGUGGUGAAAUUCACUAGAGUUUAUAUUUUCCUAAUACAUGUGUAAACGUACUUCAUUGCUGUAGGAAUUGCAUUUAGGUUUUUUCUUGUCAGGGUGACUGUUUUUGGAUAUUGCCACAAACUUCAUGUGCUAUUGCCAUUCUUUUUUUUAUUUUAAGUGAAAGGCUGUGCUUUAAGUUUAGUUACAAUUUAAUUGUGCAAUCUUUUUAUGUUGUGAAGUAGCAGAAAAUAUCAGUCAGUCAAAGUAUCCUUUUCUUUUACAUUUUAAAUUACUGUAAUUUGACAGUUAAGUUAAAUGAAGCAUUCAAGUCAGGAAAAUAUUUAGAAAUUACUUUGCUAUUAAUUUAUAGCUAAAAAUAUUCCAUGUCGUGCAUUAGUAAGCAGAUUUGCACAGAACGGUGAACUUGUGUUGUAAAUAGGUUUUUUCUUAUAAGUUUAUAGUAUUUUUAGAUUUUUGUUUUAUAAGAAAUCUCAUAAUUUGACAUUGGUAUUGCAAAGUAUAUUACAAGACUUUGGGUA